AUGUUUAUGGGAAUUUUGAAGGAAUGUAUCAAAAAUGCCAGACCAACUCCCACUCACCAUUUCUUAAAAAAAGCUAGACGACAAGAAGAAAUUGACAAUCUAGAAGAAGUAGCUGGACUGGCCACUGAUUCAAUCAUAAUCAAACCAUCGAACUGUACAAUUAAGGCCACCCAGCUACAUGGAACCAUGAAAUUUCUCAAAUGUUCUGCAUGUUCCGAGAUAUAUGAGUUUAGUAAAUCUCACUGUGAAAGAUUUAAAGAAGGCGAAUCUCCAUCUUGUCCACGAUGCGAACAAAGUGAUAAUCACUCACAAGAACUUCGGAUUGGAAAAGUUGCAGCAAAAGAUUCGAAUAAAGCAGAUUGUAUGAUAAUUAUGGGUACAUCAUUACAAAUACCUGGUAUAAAGGAUCUAAUUAGACAAUUUGCUGUGAAUAUUCAUAAAAAAGGCGGUAAAAUAAUUGUGGUCAAUCUAACUGACAUUGUCAAGACAAAAGAAAUGUUUGAUAUGGUAGAUUACUUUGUGCAAGGUACAACCGACGAAUGGGUCAGUUUGUUAGGGGAAGAAUUAAACGAACCAAAAGCUGUUGAUGAUAAAAAGAGAUUAAGAGAAAUUGAAAACAUAAAUAUUGUUGAUGUCACCAAAUCCGCUAGAUCCAAACAACAAAAGACUGCUGACUAA